CUGGGAUACUGACCUCAAUCGUUGUCCCUACAAAGUGUUUGUAGCCAGAUUUAUCUAUUUAUAAUGAUCCAACGUCACCGACACAUGGUGCAGCAGACAAACCAUCAUUUACGGAAAGCUAUAAAAUCCAUGGACAAGUGUGUUACAAGUACUACAGUACAUGGACAAGAUAAAUUCAGCAUGCGGUCAGCAAUUCUCUUGUUAAACGCUGUUUUCCUUGCAUCAGCGCUGGAUACACAGCUGAACUGGGUUUGGGGAAAAGCCGGAGUUUCUCGAGAUGGUUUGGAAUCAGAUGUCAGAAACAGGACCACGGCAACCAACAGGAGAACAUUGGCGGAUUUUGUCGUGGAGAAGGUAAACAGAGACCUACAUAAAACGGAGGGACAGAUGAUCGAACUCGUUCGGAAGAAAGAGAUUAAGUGUAAUAACAAUCAACUUCCGGAGGUUCCCAUGGCACCAGGAAUAAAAACAAAGCUUUCCAAAACGGAAAAACUUAUCUUGGUGGACGUAUUGCGUCAGAUAAACGUAAUAAAAGACACAAUAAAAGAUGCAAUGGAAAACAAAAAGUUACCGAACUGUUUAAAGGAAUGCAAGGCCGUAAGCAAGUUGUUUAACUCCGGACAACAGGAAUUCGAUAUCUCAAAAGACUUCCAUCUCUGCGCUUUCAUGACACAAUACAAGGCAUAUGGAAUCAUUCGGAAGCUGGCCUCUCCACCAGAUAUAUCCGUGUCUGCCCUGGUAGACAUCUUGCUUGUACUGACAGACAGUGCUGCUGUGACAGAAUACCUCACGAUGGCCUAUAUAAAGGACUUACAAGAAUACGAGAAGACGGUGAGGGAGAAAACACUCAACGCCUCUCAGUAAUUGUUGACGUCAGUCUCACUUUAGCGCUUGAAAUACACUACUAUUCUAAAUUUACUGACACACUGGAUUUUUUUGUUUUGAAAUUUUGACUUGGAUGUCAAUAAAAUAUUCCUGAUCUCAAGUUAA